AUGGCUCUGCUUGACGAGUUCCACGUACAGAUUGAUCCGAACGGUGUGGCUGACCCUGUCGAGGCAAAUGAUGAAUCUCCGGAACAUACUGCCGAAUUCUCCCAAAACCAUCCGAUAGACUCUGGCUCCGGCGAUGGCGUCUCAUCCAAACAAAUGUCAGCGGAAUGCGAAGGUUCUCCCAAAUUACAACAAGUUAACACCAAUGAGGAUGGGCAGGCUCUAGAAAAGAACAAUAGCAAAGACCCAGACGGAGAAUACGACGAAGACAACAUUAGUGAUGGAGAGAGCAUCGACCAGAUCGAUGAGUACUUAAUAAUGAACGAAACAGAUUAUAUUCGAAAGAGAGAUCAAGACAAGACCAUUGAUGAAGAAAGCGUCGACGAGAAGAUGGCAGAUUUGAGAAUGCGACAUCGGGACCUGGAGAAACGUAUCAAGCUUGCACCAAAAAGACUGAAGCAAAACAAUCAGUAUACAAGGAUUAUCGAGGAAAGAAUUAGCCUCUUGGAAGAGCGGUGCUUCGCAUUUGACAACAAGAUACUGAAGGCAAGUGGGAUUCUUGUCCCACCUGAUCUGCCCGAAGUAAAACCACCUGCGACAUCGACUCUCAAUCCUGACCUAGGUUUCAAGUUCUGGAAAGACUUCUCCAGUAAAGCGUCACCCACAAACAUCAUUGACGUGCUUAUUGGGGAGCCAGCGGCCACGAGAUCGGAGAUGAUUCGGCGCAAGAAGGCCUCUACUAGCAUAGGACAGGACGCAAUAUCUUUGUUGGAAGAAGAAAGGAGUGCGAAUCGGAUGGAAUCAUCCGAGGGACGCAAUUUGGACGAAGAGGUCGCUGAGCUGAGAGGGACACAACUGCCCGAGAGGAUCCGUUUCAAUGUUUCUUCGAUACCACGACUCUUCUGGAAAUCCUGUAGCGGUGAAGUAUACGACGACAUAAUGCUUCGUCCGUUUAAACCGCUCAUCCGCAAAGCAGAUGAGAUUCAUGAGGUUAUGUUCUCCAUGCAAAAUGCAUUGACCGCCAUGAUCACUGAGCGUGUGGCGUCGCGACAGGAUGGGAGCACACAGGACUCCAAGCCAAACGGAAAAGCCAUUGAUGAGGAUGAGAAGACUGAGAACCCGGAAAAUCCGGAGAAACCCGAAGAGACAGACCUCAUCACAAAAGCCGAAUGGGAGACGAUAGUGAGAGACUUCAACCUCUACCACUGCGAAGACUGUAUGAAGGCAAUGGCGCUAGAAUGGCCGAAAUUAUCCGCCUUUGAACGCUCUUGUUCUAGUGUCCGAAAUCUUCUUGAAAGCAUCAUACUGCCUGUCCACCAGAAGUUUCGUACGCGCCGGACACAAACCCUACACUUUCAAGAUCUGUGGCAUCUUUUCCAGACUGGCGAUUUGAUCGUGGAUAAGAUGCAUACACAAAAGGCAGGAAACUCACUAUCAAGUGUCAAAUGCAGGAGGGUGCUUCUUACCCGUGGCGGUAGACGUGUUUUACAUCCCAGUUUCCCGCCACCCCUUCUUCCCUGGACGGGGUCGUUUCUACAAAAAGAGGAAGAACCAUUGGCUCCGAUCAACGGAAUAAACGUUUUCGCUAUUUACGCUUACUAUCUGGACUUCGACGGCUCAGUGUGGCGUCCUGUGCGCGAGCGGUUCGUCAUCCACCCAUACAGUGGGGAGCGAAAUAUCACAGAUCUUGAGAUCUACCCCGUCGAGUACGCGGAUGACACGGAAAAGAGGCUUCAAGAGAGAGGCAAGAGAUUCCAUGAUCUCGUGACGGCGAAAACAGUACCCUACGUCGACUGCACGGGCAUCGACCUCGAUACAAAGGAAGAGAUCAACGACAAAGUCAUCGUUGACGUUAGAAGCUAUUUCAACUCUGAAGGGACCGAGCUCGCGCCUUACAUGCCCCCUAGCGCGUUGAAUGUAUCUGAAACAAGCGAUUGCUAUUUUGGGAUGGAUUGCACAUCGGAUGAGUCUCGAUGCCUUCACCGGAAGCAAAUGAUAACUCCUGACCAAAGUUCCGACUUGGAAAUCUAUCAAGAUCACAUAUACGGAAAGUUGGAGUUCAAUGCCGUUCCAUAUGAUCUCAAACUCUGGGUGCCUGAUUUUGCCAUCUGCCACUAUCGGAUUUUCGCCUACAAGCUACAGUCUCGUGACUGGGUACAGGUAGAAGUGCAGAGCCUCAAAGCUCCAAAGAAAAGAGACAUGAGUCAGGGUUUCGAUUUACUUGUGCUGCCUGAGGAUCAUAAACAAAUCAUCGAGUCUCAAGUUCGAGAACACUUCCGCAAAAGGGGUCAACAAGGCCAGAGAGGAGGCGACACUGAUGACAUAGACCUCGUCAGAGGCGCACCAGGUGUAGGCAAGACUUGCACUGCCGAAUGCAUCGCCGAAUUGAUGGGUAAGCCACUCUAUCCCAUCACAUGCGGAGAUCUUGGUAGCACUGCACAGGAGGUGGAGGUAAAUCUCAGAAAGCACUUCACGCUUGCUAGCAAAUGGGACUGCGUGAUGCUGCUCGACGAAGCCGACGUAUUCCUCGCACAAAGGAAAAACGAAAACCUUGAGCGCAAUAGUAUUGUCUCUGUAUUCUUGCGCAUGCUUGAGUAUUACAAGGGUCUUCUCUUUCUCACCACAAAUCGUGUGGGUGCUUUUGACGAAGCCUUUAAGUCUCGUGUUCACAUCUCGUUGUUUUAUCCAAACUUCGACAAAGAGACAACCAUCCAAGUGUGGAAAACCUUCAUCAAACAAGCCAAAAAGAAACUCGACUCUGAAGGCCGCAAAAACGUAACCGUUGCCUCAAGCGAAAUCAAGAAAUUUGCCAAAGCCCACUGGGAAGAAAAUCCCAAGGCGCGCUGGAACGGGCGCCAAAUCCGCAACGCCUUCCACACCGCUGUCGCCAUGGCCGAAUUCCAAGCGCGCGAGAAGGAAACAGACGAGGGCUAUGAUGCAAACAAAGACGUCAAGAUCACCAUUGGCCGCGAGCAAUUCGAGAAGAUUGCGAAGACGGCGAAGGAGUUUGACAUUUAUAUGAAAGAUACGUUGGGCGAUACAUAUGAUGGGAAGGCGUCGAGGACGGGAAUGAGGAAGAAGGAGAAAGAGGCGGAGAGGAAGAGGGAGAGGGAGAGAGAGGAUGCGAAGGCGAGGGAGAAGAAGGGGAAAGCGCCAAAGAAAAAGGAUGACUCGAGUGAUGAGAGCGAUAGUUCGGAGGAGGAUGUGAAGGAGAAGAGUGGGUCGAAGAAGGCACGAGGGAAGAAGAAGAGUGAGACUGAAAGUGAGAAUAGCGACUCAGGUUCAGAGUAA